CGUGCAGCUCUCCUCCACUUUCCUCUUCCCACCUACUUCAUGCCGGAGAAAACCCUAAAGCUCCACCGCGCGCCAUCGAACCUCUCCAGCGAUGCCCGACGGCCGCCUCACCCUUUGACGUCAUCUCCCCGCCGGCCGAUUCUCCUUCCUCUUCGCCGGCCAAAGCGCUCGAAACCCUAUGGGAUUCUCCCGCGCUCCGCCUCCGAGCCGAUCUUGUGGAGGGUUCCGGCUAUCGGCGGAGAAAGAGAGAAAGGGAAGUGGACGGCGUCGAUUCGUAUUCCUAGACCGCAUACAUGUACCGAUGUGAUGUCGGCGUCGCGGUGGCUAAAAUCUCCGUCGGCUGCCGUGGGAGAUUCAAGGGAGCCGCAGGAGACGAAGGUGGUGGUCAGCGUUGCAGUAGAAGGGAGUCCAGGGCCGGUGAAAGCCAUGGUGAAGCUCGGGGCCAGCGUGGAGGAAGCCAUAGCUGCCGUCGUCGAUGAAUACAGCCGCGAGGGGAGGAGCCCGCAGCUGGACCUGCAAGCGGUGGCCUCCUUUGAGCUCCAUCAUUCUCAUUUCAGCCUCCACAGUCUUAACAAAAGUGACAAAAUUGGAGAGAUCGGAGGGAGAAGCUUCUAUCUCCGAACCAGAAGCAGCAGCCAUAGCUUCAAUUCUGGAAGAGAAGAAAGAAGUCAUGGCUUCUGUGCUGAAAUUCAUCAGGUUGCAGAGACCCAUAACUCAUCUGCAACUUCUUCUCAUCCCUUCUUCAACACAAUUGCUACAAUUUUUCUUAUGAUUGAAAGGAGAACUAAGAAAAUCUGCAAAAUGGUGUCAUGUUUUCUGUGUGUUUGAUGCAAAUUUGUACAUUCUCAGCUAUUUUAUACUUUUUUUUUUCUGAUAUUUAUAACCAGAAAGCCAUUUGUUUUAGUUGGAUGGCUCUGUUAUAGGUAUAUGUAAUAAAAUACGUGCAUAUUGCAUUGUAUUGUAAAGAUAAUUGUAGAGGGAUGUAAAAUGAAUUUGUACAGCUGUUGUACCGAUGAUGACGAAAAUAAAUAAAGAACGUUAGUUCCAUAAA